GUCAUCAGUGGUGGCCGCGGGCGGGGAGACUGCUGAAGAUGGCUCAGCUCAGCUCAGUCCUGGCAGCGGCUGCGGCUGCUCUUGCUGCCAUGAUCUUCUCCUCGGUGCACAAGGUGGAAGAGGGUCACAUCGCCGUGUAUUACAGGGGCGGAGCGUUGUUAAAGGCGACAAGCGGUCCAGGGUUCCAUCUGAUGCUUCCAUUUAUUACCACCUUUAAGGCAGUGCAGACCACUCUGCAGACCGAUGAAGUGAAAAAUGUUCCCUGUGGUACAAGUGGUGGUGUAAUAAUCUAUUUUGAUCGGAUUGAAGUGGUGAAUUUCCUCAUACCAAGUGCAGUGUACGACAUAGUGAGAAAUUACACAGCAGACUAUGACAAGACUCUGAUCUUCAACAAGAUCCACCACGAGCUGAAUCAGUUCUGUAGCAUUCACACGCUGCAAGAGGUCUACAUCGAGUUAUUUGAUCGGAUUGAUGAAGACCUGAAGUUGGCAUUGCAGCAGGACCUGACCAGUAUGGCUCCUGGACUCAUCAUUCACGCAGUACGAGUGACCAAGCCAAACAUUCCAGAAACCAUCCGGAGAAAUUAUGAACUGAUGGAGAGUGAAAAGACCAAGCUCCUGAUUGCAGCUCAGAAACAGAAGGUGGUGGAGAAGGAAGCAGAGACCGAACGGAAGAAAGCUCUCAUUGAGGCCGAGAAGAUCGCACAAGUGGCUGAAAUCAAGUUUGCUCAAAUGAUCAUGGAAAAGGAAACUGAGAAACGGAUUUCGGAGAUUGAAGAUGGAGCCUUCCUCGCACGGGAAAAAGCUCGAGCUGACGCGGACUUUUACACAGCCAAACGAGUGGCUGAGGCAAACCGGCUGAAGCUGAGUCCUGAGUACCUCCAGCUGCUGCGGUAUCGUGCAAUCGCCUCCAACAGCAAGAUUUACUUCGGGAGGGACAUCCCCAAGAUGUUCUUGGACCUGAGCGCCUUUGCUCCAAACUCUGCGGGUAAAUCAUCGGAUGAAGCAAGCUCCUCUCCUGAGCUCAACGACAAGCUGAAGGAAUUUGAGGACAAUCUGUAAUGAUGUGGAUGGACCGGUGGGUGCAGUUCAGCCACUGUAAAACCAGCAGAAAAUGCACUGAAUCACUUAAGCUCAUUUUGCACCCCCCCCCCCGCCCCACCCCCGGAGUGAUGUCUCCUUAACUGUAAUUACGUUGUCGCCUCUGUACCAGUGGGUAUGUUACAGAUGCCUGUGAAAACUCAAGGCUCUGAGGACACAGUCUUGCAGCCAGCACAGUAUAACUGCGGACUAACUCUGCACUGGACCUGUGUCAUAGUUAUCUGCUGCCUUGGAAUCAGUGAACAGCUAGGUGCAUGAGGGUGAGAACUGGCCGGCAUUACACUGGGUACUGGCACUCGCCUUUUCAUGCCUGUUCACUCAGUGAUAGCCUUUCUGCUGCCCUGCUGAAAUCUGACACAAAGGCCCAAAUUAAAUUUUAUUAUCAAAGUACGUACAUGUCACCAUAUACAACACUAAAAUUCAUUUUCUUGAGGGUGUACUCAAUAAAUCUAUAGAAUAAUAACUAUGACAGAAUCAAUAAAAUACUGCCUAACUAGUACAGAAGAUAGAGAACAGAGUGCCGUACCUGCCUGGUCAAUUGAGUCCUUCAGGUGGUCAUGAGAUCUGUAGUUUAUAAAAUUGAUUUAAAAGUACAUUGUUUAAAGGGAAGUUGCAUACUGCAGAUUGCAAUGGGAAUAAUUCAAAAGGAUAUUUAGAACUGUUGUCUGCAGCCCUCAGAACGUCACUGACAAUCACUGGUGCCAUCUUGCUCACAUGUUUAGGUGAUGUGGAUAUUCGGCCUUCCGGAGGCUUUGAUGAACUAAUCGAAGUUGGUUCAUUGCAUGCAUCAGUAGGUGUUGGAUAACUGAAUGUUUCCUGAACAGUCAUCGACUGAUGUAAAAUCCCAUGGUUGGGUUCGAGCUUUUCUAUUUCAUUCUCUCCUCUUGAUGCUUCUCGGCAGGAGAUGUCUUGUCUCAGUCUGGAAAGGUCCAACAUACUGGGGAGACCUUUGGUUAACUCCACUCAUGCAGCCAGCAUCCCUCACUCCCUAACUAUAGGUUCCUCCUCUCAAAAAGCGAGUCUGAAUCCCGAGAAACCAUGAAGUGAACAAACGUUAAAUACAAAUAAAAUUAGAUUCCAGUAAUCCACAGCACAUGUGCUGUGUGGCAUGUUGAUGCACAUGCCGGCUUGCUGUAGUAGUGAGAAUGUUUUAAACCAGCACGCUCAGUUAGGCAGGCAGCUCUCGGUUAUGUACGAGAAGUACCCUUACACCUGCUGUGAGCUCAAACCGGGGGAAAUAGCAGACAGUCCAGGUCAGAUUUGACUUGGAUUCAUCUGUUUAUCACAUGUACAUCAAAGUGUGCAAUGAAAUGCGUCAACACAAACUGUUUCUGUGGCUGGCCAGUGGUGUAAAGCUGUCGGCACCAGACUCUGAGGUGAGUGAUCCCGGGUUCGAACCAGCCGGCUCCUUGCGUGCUUUCCGUCUCUGCUGGGUUGACCAUCGAGCUAGCAACUUGGCCUCGUAAAAAACAGACAUGCUAAAUAAACGGCAGGGUUGCUGCCCAAUGUGUGUUGGGGGUGGGGGGGGAGACCUGUAGGUGUGCCGGAGGCACAAGUGUCAGCACACUUGUGGGUGUACCUACACCUCAGGGACUGCAGCGGUUCAAGAAGGCCUUCUCAAGGGCAACUAGGGAUGGGCAAUAAAUGCUAGCUUAGCUGCCGAUGCCCACAUCCCAUAAAUGAAUAAAUAAAACAAUGCAUUCUGGUGCCAACACUGCAUGCCCACAAUGUUCAGCAGAACACACCAACAGCAAAACGCGCCCCCUUCCUCUCUCCCUCCCCUCCACUCAUGUACACGGGCCUGUUCUGGGCCUCUAAACUCCAAUGGACUUAUGGACAUCGCGCCUCCAACUUCCCCAGUGGACUUGCAGGCCCAAGACCUUGAAUGUACCAAUGCAUAUUUUUUGUACUUCUAACUCAGUUUGCUGACAUGCUCUCUCUGCAUCUUCUGCAUUCACAUUCCUGCUGCCUUCUCUUUGGCAGGUCUGCUUCGAUCAGGAGUGGUCAGAUUGUGAGGCAGCAACUGGCGUACAUAACUUAGGUUCUCUGUAAUGUUCCAUAUCAUGAUUCUGUAAUUGCUAUUGCGUGGACUUGGUCUCUCCCCUUGAGACUGCUGAGGUUGCUGACCAUGUAAUUUUUCUUUGCCAUGCGCUGCAGAUUCUCUCAUUACCUAAAGUGGUUUAAUGUCAGUGACAGAUUUGAACGGGCUCCUCCUGCCCAACCCCCAAGCUGCAGUGCGCUCCAGACAAACGUGGGGAAGGAUCUCUGGCGGGUCUCGUAGCUGCACUGACUCCUGGCCCCCAUCCGUAACUGAGAAUGUGAGGCACAGCCAAGUUAUCAGCAGCAUGUGGAUUUGUAUCCUGUGCACGCCACAAGCCUGUGUUUCUAACACCGUCCCAGCAGGACCAGGCCUUGUGCACCCACACUUGCUGCCUGUUGUUCCUGCUUUGUCCUGCAGUGCUGAACGAUCUGCGUGGUCAGCUAGAUGGGGACUUCCCUUUUCAGUCACAUCAGUAAGAGAUCAGAUUCCUGCUGUGAGCCUGUAGCUCACGUCAGUGAAAGGACCAGGUGACAGUUCUCUCCCAGAAAGUCAGUGUCCUCCCUGGUUUGCAGUCCAGCUCUGAUCCUCUUUCUCUCCCCCCCCCCCCAACCCCCAAGUCUCACUCUGCUCCUCUCCCCCCCAACCCCGAGUCUCACUCUGCUCCUCUCCCCCCCCACCCCGAGUCUCAGUCUGAUCCUCCCCCCACCCCCGAGUCUCAGUCUGAUCCUCCCCCCACCCCGAGUCUCAGUCUGAUCCUCCCCCCACCCCCCGAGUCUCAGUCUGAUCCUCCCCCCACCCCCGAGUCUCAGUCUGAUCCUCCCCCCAACCCCCGAGUCUCAGUCUGAUCCUCCCCCCCACCCCCCGA